AUGGAAGAUGCAUUGUCUUUUCAGUUUACUCAUCCACUUUACAAUGUAAUGAUAUAUGAAAAUUCAGCCGCAAAAACCUUUGCUGAAUGCCCCAUAAAAAUGGGUAUUUUUAUGACAAACCAGUCUUGGGACAUUUGGUACAUAAUAGAAUCCGGGGACCAUGAUAAUUUAUUUAAAGCUGAGAAGUAUGUUUUGGGUAAUUUUUGUUUCCUGCGAAUAAGAACCAAAGGAGGGAAUUCUGCCACUCUCAAUAGGGAAAUAAAAGACCACUAUAUGCUGACUGUAAAUGCUAUUGAAAGAUAUACUGGUGCUGAAACUCAAACACAAGUUAAAGUGCAAGUUCUGGACACGAAUGAUCUCAGACCGCUUUUCUCACCGACUACAUAUAGUUUUUUUGUACCCGAAAACUCAGCCAUCAGAACAAGCGUAGGCAGAGUUUUCGCCACAGACGCUGACACAGGCACUAAUGGAGAGUACUAUUUCAGCUUCAAAGAGUGGACUGACAUGUUCUCCAUUCAUCCUACUAGCGGGGUUAUAACUCUGACAGGCAAGCUGGAUUACUCUGAGGUGGCUGUUUAUGAGAUUGAUGUGUUGGCUGUGGACAGAGGUCUGAAGCUCUAUGGGAGUAGCAGCAGCAGUAGCACAGCAAAGCUAAAGGUGCACGUGCUGCCGGCCAAUGAACAUGCACCUGUCAUCACAGCUGUCCCCUUAACUCCAUGGAAUGCAACCAGUGAUCCCACUUAUGCGUAUGUGACUGUGGAGGACGCCGAUGAAGGGCACAAUGGCGAGAUUGCCUCUUUGAGCAUCGUAGCUGGAGAUCCACUCCAGCAGUUCAAGGCCUUCAGAACAAACCCUGGGAGCAAAGAAUACAAAAUCAAGGCCAUCAAAGACGUGGAAUGGGAGGGUUAUAGAUUUGGGUGCAAUCUUACAUUGCAGGCCAAAGAUAGGGGGAACCCUCCAAAGUUUUCCUCAGCGAUAGUUGUGAGAGUGAGAUCGCCCGGAGAAUACACAGAAACUCCUACAUUUGAGAAGAGCGUCUACAGAGUUACUCUCAGUGAGUUCGCACCUCCUCACUCUCCUGUAGUUAUGGUCAAAACUGUACAGAAACAUUCAAAGAUUAACUACUUGUUACAAUUUAAGAUGCAACAACAUGAGAAUCCAUUUGUCAUUAAUCCAAACACGGGUCUUAUCACCACCGUGGCGCCCGUAAAAGCAGAAAGUGUCAGUCAAUAUGAAUUUGAUGUUGUUACGAGUGACAGACGAGCAGUGGCCAAGGUGGUCGUCAGUAUAAGCGAUGUGAACAACAAUGCACCAGUGUUUCAAAAGUCUAAUUAUGAAGCCAGUAUCGCUGAACACGUGCCUAUUGGGACCAGUGUCUUGACAGUCAGUGCUACCGACAAAGACGACGGCGAAAAUGGCUAUGUCACCUACAGUAUUGUCAAUGUGAACAAACAGCCUUUUGUAGUGGAUUAUUUCACCGGUGUCAUAAGCACCGCAGAGGAUCUAGAUUAUGAGACGAUGAAGAGAAAAUUCUCCCUAAGGAUUCGGGCGUCAGACUGGGGAUCCCCUUUCCGCCGUGAGGCAGAGACUGUUGUUUCAAUCACUCUCACCAACCUGAACGAUAAUAAGCCACACUUCGAGAAUAUAGAUUGUGAUGUUACUGUGCCAAGAUCUCUAGGGGUCGGUGAACAAAUAAUAGUGGUGUCUGCCAUCGACGCUGAUGAUCUUGGCAUAGUGCAGUACAGAAUUGACAGUGGUAAUAACAUGAAUCUGUUCGAAUUGGAUUCCAGCUCAGGGGUGCUGACACUUAAAAAGUCGCUGAGCGAUGGCAAUGCAGCCAAACAGUCUUUCCACCGCCUGCAAAUAACUGCCAGCGAUGGAGAAAUAUCAAGUAACCCCAUGUUCCUAAAUCUAACAGUAGUUAGUGCUUUUAAACAUGUCCGUUCCAAAUGUGCAGAGACUGGCGUUCUGAGAACUUUAGCCGGGAUGCUGCUUUUUGGCUCUAAACGACACAGUCAGAAAGAAGCAGAAGAUGAAUUCGCAGACAUCCAUUCUGUUAACCACCACACUCCACGGUUUAUAGAGUCCACUCCAACUGUAAUAGAAGUUAAAGAGGACCUUCCUGUAGGGACAAGCGUAGCACUCCUCAGAGCUGCCGAUUCAGACUCAGGCUUCAAUGGGAAAUUGCUUUUUGUGAUCUCAGGGGGAGAUUUUGAUAGUUGUUUCACGAUAGAAUCUGACACAGGGUGGCUUAAAGUUUUCCAGCCACUUGAUCGAGAAACAACAGACGACUACACUCUCAACAUCACCGUUUAUGACCUUGGCUCACCGCAGAAAUCCUCAUCUCACAUGGUAAAUGUUAACAUUUUAGACGUAAAUGACAACAGUCCAGAGUUCCUUCAGUUGGAGUAUUCAGUGGAUAUAAGGGAAGACACUGCUAUGGCGACAGACAUCAUUCAGCUUGAAGCGAAAGAUAAAGAUUUAGGGGUCAAUGGAAUGGUUAGAUACUCGUUUCUUACCAAAACAGACAAAUUCGUCAUACAUGAAGAAACAGGGAUUGUGACUGUUAUGGGUCCAUUAGACAGAGAAGCCAAUCCGUCAUUUGUUUUGAAGGUGGCUGCUUUUGACGCUGCAAUUGAUGAGCCUAAAAUGGUAUCAACAGCAUUAUUAUAUAUUAAUUUGGAGGAUGUGAAUGACAAUGCCCCUACAUUUAUACCCCAACAAUACCAUAUCAGAGUCAGAGAAGACAUUCCAGUGGGCACCUUAGUGCUCUGGCUUGAAACUCACGAUCCUGACCUUGGCCUGUCUGGACAGGUGAGGUACAGUUUAACAGAUGGGGAAGAUGGAAGCUUUCAAGUGGAUAAAAUGACUGGAGCUGUUUACGUCUCUCAGACUCUUGAUUUCGAAACAAGACAAGUAUAUAAUCUGACAGCAAAGGCCAAAGACAGAGGCAAGCUGAAGCCUUUAUCCUCAUCCUGCUUCAUUCAUGUGGAGAUUGAGGAUGUCAAUGAGAACUUGUACAGCCCGUCCUUCCCAUUCUUUGUGGACUGGGGAGCUGUGAGUGAGGACGCCCCAGCUGGCACUUCUGUUCUGAAAGUUACAGCUCACGAUGAGGACAGCGGCAGGGAUGGAGAAGUUCGCUACUCCAUACGAGGAGGUUCAGGCCUUGGUGUGUUCACCAUUGAUGAAGACAGCGGCAUUAUAAGGACACAAGAGAUCCUCGAUCGUGAGACUUCGAAUCAUUACUGGCUCACAAUCUAUGCUACCGAUCAAGGAAUUGUGCCUCUUUCCUCAUUUGUGGAGGUCUACAUCGAGGUUCAAGAUAUUAAUGAUAAUGCUCCACUGACAUCAGAGCCUGUGUACUAUUCUUCUGUAUCUGAGAACUCUCCCAAAGACGUCUCUGUCAUCCAGAUCCAAGCAUUUGACCUGGACACAAAAUCAAGUGAUAAUCUCUCAUAUAAAAUAACCAGUGGAAAUCCACAGGGAUUUUUUGUCAUUAACACCCAGACAGGGUUGGUGACAACAACAUCUCGGAAACUGGACAGGGAAAAGCAAGCGGAGCAUCUUCUUGAAAUCACUGUUUCGGAUGAUGGCAGCCCAUCCAAGUCUACAGUGGUUCGUGUUAUAGUCAGCGUAUUGGAUGAAAAUGACAACAGUCCCCAGUUUUUGGAAAAGAGCUUUAAAAUCAAGCUUGUGGAACGACCAGAGGCAGUCGAAUGGGAGCCAAUUUAUCGAGUGAUUGCUUAUGACAGAGAUGAGAGUCCCUCCUCUGAUAUCUCUUACACAAUCGAGGAGGGUGAAGAGCACGGGAAAUUCUUCAUUGAUCCCACAACUGGGUUUGUGUACUCCAAAGAGGUUUUUUCAGCGGGGGAGUAUCAUAUUCUCACGAUUAAAGCAUCAGACAGUGGAAGGCCUUCAAAGUCAUCCAUCUGUCGGUUGCACAUUGAUUGGAUUCCAAAGCCUAAGCUGGCUAAACAACCGCUGGCGUUUGAGGAGAUUCCACUCUCAUUCUCUGUGAUGGAGAAUGAUCCAGUAGCCCAUAUGGUGGGAGUCAUCAGCGCUCAGCCACUUGAGUCCCCUGUAUGGUUUAAAAUCAAAGGUGGAAACGCUGACAGCCACUUUGACGUGGAGAGGGCAAGUGGCACAAUCAUCAUCGCUGGCGCUCUAGAUGCUGAACGGCAGUCAAAUUACAACCUCACUGUUGAAGCAACAGAUGGAACAAGAUCUAUCAGCACUGAGGUUACAAUUCAAGUUAUUGACACAAAUGAACACCGCCCCCAGUUUGGACAAAACCAAUAUGAGAUAAGUAUUUCAGAGGAAACUCAGCCUGGUAUGAAGAUACUGGAAAUAAAUGCAACAGAUAAAGAUGAGAAGAACAAAUUAUCCUACACACUGUUGAGCAGCACAGACUUAUUCAGCCUGAAGAAGUUUCGUCUUGAUCCUGCAACAGGCUUUCUAUACACUACUGAAAAACUGGACCAUGAAGCCAUGCACAGACACAUCCUCACAGUAAUGGUUAGGGAUCAAGGUGUACCUGUGAAGAGUAAUGUUGUGAGAGUGAUCAUCAAUGUGGAGGACAGUAAUGACAAUACACCAUGGUUCACCAGCUCUCAGCACACUGCCCGUGUGUUUGAGACAGCUGCGAUUGGUUCAUCUGUGUUACAGGUCACUGCUCUGGACAAAGACAAAGGCCUAAAUGCUGAAAUCCUUUACAACAUAGAUUCAGGAAAUCAUGGAAAUUCCUUCAAAAUUGAACAUUCUUCAGGCAUUGUAACAGUUGCAAGAGAACUUGAUCAUGAAUACAAAGACCGGUAUGAAUUGGUAAUUAAAGCAUCAGAUAAAGGAGAACCGCCUCUCAGUGUGGUUACAACCGCCAAGAUCACGGUCACUAUCUCGGAUAAUACCAAGCCAAAGUUUCCCUUCAGUUCAAAAUCAGCUGAAGUCAGUGAAUCUGUCCCUGUUGGGAGUUUUGUAACUUUAGUUUCAGCCUUCAGUCAAUCAACCAUCUACUAUCAGAUCAAAGAAGGAAAUGUGAAAAGCGCAUUUGACAUCAAUCCAAACUCUGGUGCUGUCAUCACAAGGAAAAAGCUGGACUUUGAAACCCUUUCGUCAUAUAAACUGAUUGUGCAAGGGUCAGACAUGGCUGAAAGGUCAAGCAGUGUCACAGUAAAUAUUAACUUAAAGGAUGAAAAUGACAAUGCUCCUGUUUUCACUCAACCUGAAUUCACUGGCUUCAUCAGUGAGUCAGCCAUUGUAAGAAGUGUAGUUCUAACUUCUCAGAAUGUUCCACUUGUUAUUCGUGCAACAGAUGCAGAUCAGCACGCAAACGGCAGGCUUGUUUAUGAGAUUGUGGAGCCAAUUGCUCAUAACUAUUUUUCUAUCGAUUCUGGGACCGGAGCUAUUCAAACUCUCAGCAUUCUGGAUUACGAGCAGAAAAAGGUGUUUUUCUUCCAAGUUCAGGUCCAUGACACUGGAAUGCCACGUUUGUUUGCGCGAAACACUGCCAAUGUGACUAUACACGUCAUUAACAUCAAUGAUUGUGCUCCAAAAUUCACUCAGGAUUUAUAUGAGACAACACUCCUUCUUCCAACCUACAAAGGAGUUAAAGUGACAACAGUAAAGGCUACAGAUGAGGACUCACUACCAGACACCAAACUGCGCUUUGAACUUUUAGAUGGCAACAUAGGGAACAAAUUCAAGCUUGAUCCAACUUCAGGGGAUAUUUUUGUGCAAAAUGCCACACAGUUGCGGAGCAGGUACAGACUGACAGUCCAAGUCUCUGAUGGAAGCUUUACUGGCACUGCAACCAUUAAAGUCAGUGUUAAAGAAAAUAAAGGUCACAAUCUUAAGUUUACUCAGGAAAUUUUCACCGCCUAUGUGCAGGAAAACUCAGCGGAGAAGAAAACCCUGGCAAUCCUCACUGUGGUUGGAAAUAGAGUCAAUGAGCCUUUGUUUUAUUCUAUUCUCAACCCUAACAGCAAAUUUGAAAUGGGACGCACAUCUGGAGUCCUCUUCUCCACAGGCAUUCCAUUUGAUCGUGAGGAGCAGGAUUUGUACGAAAUCUUUGUGGAGGUUACAAAAGAGCCAAGGUUAAACAGUACUGCCCAUGUGCUUGUGAGAGUGCACAUUGAAGAUGUGAAUGAUAAUGCCCCCGUCUUUGUAGAUCAGCCGUAUAACGUCAUUGUUCCAAUUGACAAAACCGUGGGUUCGGUUUUCAGGAAGGUGAACAGCGUGGACAAAGAUAUCGGCAGAAACGCAAAGGUUACGUACCAUUUGAAAGGGCAUGAUAAAUAUUUUCAGGUAAGCCCUUCUGGAGAAAUCUCUCUUAAGAGACCUCUUGAGUUUAAAAGCAUUGGCAAAUUCGUCAUUAACAUCACCGCACAAGACGGAGGUGAACCACAACUGUUUUCAAAAGCAGAGGUUGUUAUUUCAGUGGUAAACAAAGCUACACCAAUGUUUGAAAGACCUUUUUACAAGCUUGAAAUCCCUGAGAAUGUGCAAGUGCGUACAUCUGUACUGCAAGUCGUAGCCAAUCAAUCUGCAGGCCCUCGUACGGUCUACAUCAUCUGUGGGGGAAACCCAUUCAAUCAGUUCUACAUUGAUUUCAAUUCAGGACUCAUUGAAGUCAUCCAGCCAUUGGAUUAUGAGGCUCAUCCUGCAUAUCGGUUAUGCGUCCAGGCGACAGACUAUUUAACAGGUGCCAACUCUGAUGUUUUUGUAGAUAUCAUAUUGGAAGACGUCAAUGACAAUGCACCCAAAUUUGAAGUGGCAAUGUAUAACAUCAGUAUCUCUGAAUCUGCUGUAAUUGGAACCUCUGUGCUACAAGUGGUAGCCAUGGACUCUGACACGGGAAGCAAUGCAAUUCUAUUUUAUCAGUUGUAUGAAAAGGAUGGAAACACUUCAGAUCACUUCAGAAUAGAUGUUGAGAGUGGAGUCAUAUGGACUGCAGGACUAUUGGACCAUGAAACCCAAUCACAGCAUGAACUUAUUGUAAAAGCACUUGACCAUGGAGUAGUUCAGCUGUCUGCUGAGGUCCAAGUGAUCAUACAUGUUACAGAUCUUAAUGACAACCCACCUGUUUUUGCACACCAGCUUUAUAAUGCCACAAUAAACAAAAUUACUUCUCCAGGGCAGCUUGUGACCUGUGUUAAAGCAUAUGAUGCUGACAACUAUGGAACCAGUCAGCUUGAGUAUGCUAUUUUGUCUGGAAAUGACAACAAUAUCUUUGCCAUUGAUGCAUCAAGUGGAGAAAUUGUGAUUGCCAACUUAAGCCAGCAGUCUCUUGAGCACUUAUACAGCUUAAUUUUGUCAGUAACUGAUGGUGUUUUUAGAAGUACUGCUGAGGCAAACAUCUAUAUGAUGGGCGAGAACAGUCACAGCCCAUCAUUUACCCAGGAUGAGUAUGUUAUUGAGCUCGCUGAAAACUCUCCAGUUGGUACGUUGGUUGGACAAGUUGAAGCCAUUGACAAAGACCCAGGGAUAUAUGGACAAUUGACAUUCUUCAUUGUAAAUGAUAUCGCCAGGGAUAAAUUUACCAUCAACGAUGAUGGCCAGAUUCACACAGUAGAGAGUUUUGACAGAGAAAACCCUGAGGAGAAAAUAAUUAGCAUUAGUUUAAUGGCUAAAGAUGGAGGUGGUCGUUUAAGCUUUUGUACUGUUCUUGUAACUCUCUCUGACGUGAAUGACAAUCCACCCAAAUUCAGGCUUUCAGAAUAUAAAGUUACUGUACCAGGAGACUCUACCAGCGGUACGACAGUGAUAAAAACAUCUGCAGUAGAUGAAGAUGAUGGAAGUAAUGCUGAUAUAAUUUACACUAUUGACUCUGAUAUAGGGCACUUUGAAAUUCAUCCACUUAGUGGUGCAAUUGUCACAAAGGAGAGUCUAAUUGGGCUGGAGAAUGGCCUUUAUUCCUUACUUGUGAAGGCUAAAGAUUCUGGAAGCCCACCAAGGCAAUCUGUUAUUCCUGUUUCAAUUAGAAUAGCCCCCCCUGAAACAUCAAUCCUAAAGUUUGCAGAGCCGUCACUGUGGCUGGAGCUUUCAGAAGACCUGGCUGUCGGAAGUGAGAUGGAUAUCUUCCAAACCGAGAAUGAGCGGCCUGUGAUCUACAGCCUUGUUGGCGGGAACACUCCUGAGAGUAACAAAGAUGAUGUCUUUGCUAUUGACAGCAGUACUGGAAAGCUUACACUCACAAAAAGACUAGACUAUGAAACUAUUAAAUGGUACCAGCUUGCAGUACAGGUCAGAGAUGCUGAGGAUAGCAUGGAAAUUGUCUCAAUUAUAGAUGUGAGUAUCCAUCUCAAGGAUGUCAAUGAUAAUAGCCCACAGUUUGAGUCCUACCCCUACCAGUCAUAUAUUGUUGAAAACCUACCGAAAGGGACUUCUGUAGUGCAGGUCAAGGCAACCGAUCUGGAUUCAUGGCUGAAUGGUCAGGUCACUUAUACUCUGCAUGGAAUCCAGGAGCGGUCCGACGUUCUGGAGAUGUUUGCAGUGGACAGUGAGUCGGGCUGGAUAACCACCCUCAAAGAGAUAGACAGAGAAACGACAGAGCGAUAUCGAAUCACAGUGCUGGCCACAGACAGAGCCCAAGGGCUACAGAUGACAGGCACUACUGUUGUAGAAGUGACAGUUGUGGACACAAAUGACAACCCUCCCUUAUUUACUGAAGCAGUUUUUAAAGGCACUGUGAGAGAAGAUGAAUCCACACCAGGCACUGUUGUCACUAUUCUUAGCUAUACUGAUUCUGACAGCGAGGAGGUCAACAGGAGGUUCAGCUGCUUUAUCACAGGUGGAGACCCGCAGGGCCUGUUUGAUGUGAGGCACACAGAUGGUGUUUGGGUGGUCGCUGUCAGCAAAACCCUGGACAGGGAGGAGAGAGAUUUCUAUCUUUUAAACAUCACAGCCACCGAUGGAACCUUUGAGACAAAGGCUACAGUGGAGAUCAGUGUCCUUGAUGCAAAUGACAACAGUCCUGUUUUUGAGAAGGAUGUGUAUACUCAAACUAUUCCUGAAGAUGCUCUUGUUGGAAGACAAAUUCUUCAAGUCACAGCCACUGAUGCAGAUAUCCAGUCAAAUGCGGAAAUCACGUACCAGCUGAGUGGCAGUGGAGCUGAAUCAUUCACAAUUGAUGCCAAAACAGGGGCAGUGAGAACACUGGUUACCCUGGACAGAGAGAUGACAGAGGUGUACAACUUAACUGUGCGUGCAGUGGACGGAGGCGAUCGUUUCUGCCAAGCUUCUGUGUUCAUCACCGUCGAUGACGUUAAUGACAACAGCCCCAAAUUCACAUCUGACCAACAUCACAUUAGUAUUUUUCAUAAUACACAACCUGGGACAUACGUGGCACGACUAGAGGCCUUCGAUGCAGAUAUUGGGAUGAACGGUAAAAUACGUUACACAUUUGAGGACUCUGCCGGGGGUCUGUUUUCAAUCGAGGAGAGCUCAGGAAUUAUCAGUUUAGAAAGGUCUCUGGACAGACAGAUGAAGGCCACACAUGUGCUGAGGGUACGAGCGACAGACCAUGGCUCUCCUCAUAGACUGUCCUCUCUCAGCUCUGUGGUGGUGACAGUGCUGGACGCUAACGACCGUCCACUGGCGUUUGAGCAUAGGGAAUACGUUUCCACAAUUCCUGAGGAUGUUACGGUAGGGACAAAGCUUUUGAAUGUCUUUGCUGCAAGCAGGGACCGGGAAUUGACCUCCCAGACAACAUACUCUAUCACCAGCGGCAAUGAGCAAGGAGCUUUCCGAAUUGAUUCACAGACAGGUGACAUCUUUGUGAUGGAGCCGCUGGACUAUGAGGCUUCUCCUCAGCACUUCCUGACAGUGAAGGCCACAGGAAAAGAGUUGCUCAGUGCCAUAGCUACUGUUACUAUUCACCUCCUUGACAUCAAUGACAACAGCCCCGUGUUCAGCCAGAAGAUCUACUCGGCUGUAGUCAGUGAGGACGCCAAACUCGAGAGCACAGUGCUGACGGUACUUGCGAAUGAUUUUGAUGGGCCUUUAAACAACCGAAUCCACUAUUCCAUUGAGAACAACAACCAAACGUGUCCAUUCAUCAUGGAUGCAGUUAGGGGUGAACUGCGACUGGCCCAACAGUUGGACAGGGAAAAGGUAGCGAGUUACAUGCUGACCGUUGUGGCAUCCGACAGUGGAAAUCCCCCCAAGUCCGACAGUGCUGCAAUCAACAUGUCUGUGUCUGAUGUGAAUGAUAAUCCUCCUGUCUUCUCUCAGGCUAACUACAGUCUCAUCAUCCAGGAGAAUCUGCCUUCAGGUGCUGCUGUGUUACAGCUCAAUGUGACAGACAACGACUCCCCCCAAAAUGGGCCUCCUUUCUCCUUUAGUAUUUUGAAGGGUGAAGAAACAAGUCCCUUCAUCAUAGACCAGCAGGGUGUGGUAAAGACAGCUGGACCAUUGAGAAAGGGUCAGCAUAUACUUCAAGUGCAGGUGUCUGACAGUGGAAGGCCCCCACUGACAUCGGUCACAUCUGUCAGUGUGCUUGUAGCACAGACGAGUGUGUAUCCUCCAUCUGUUGUUUCUCUGGAUGUUUUCAUCAUGAUCUUGGAAGAUGAGUAUUUAGGAGGCAAGCUGGGCAAGGUCCACGCCACAGAUCAAGAUGAAUAUGAUACACUCACAUUCAGUCUGGAGCCACAGUCACACAGCUUGUUCUCCGUCGUUGGCACGGAUGGCAGAUUGUUGGCCCGCGGAGGCUUGGACGUGGGUCAUUACCAGCUUAAUGUCUCAGUGAGUGACGGACGUUUCUCAGCCUUAGCCAGUGUCACAGUGAAUGUGCUGCAGGUCACAGAGCAGAUGCUGGACAGUUCUGUUUCUGUGCGCUUUGCUGGCAUUGCUGCAGAAGAUUUUAUCCAGGACCACUGGAAAAACCUCCAAAAAGUGGUGCGCAGUGUCGCCGGAGUCCGCAGGGGUGCCCUGCAGUUGAUCAGUAUACAGCCUGCAGAAACUGGCGAUGGCCUGGAUGUUCUUCUGUGCUUUGAUAAACCAGGACGAGAUGGAAGAUCGCUGGAAGCCUUCUCUCAGAAGCUCAGCUCUUCCAGAGCAGCCAUCAAAGAGAUGACAGGACUACAUGUAGUGCGGGUUUUGAAUAGUCAGUGCUCAAGCUCUGAGUGUCCUGGCAGCGUGUGCAGACGAGUGGUGCUGCUUAACCAGACCAGUAUGACCACCUACAGCACUGCCCGAGUGAGCUAUGUCACACCCAGACACCACAUGACAGCCAAAUGCCUGUGCACAGACAGAAAGUGCCUGAAGCACAUAACCACAUGUGAAAACAGCCCAUGUCCUCAGGGCUACGAGUGUGUGUCAGGUUUUGAGGAGGACAAACACAGCUGCGUAUGCACAGGUGCUGCCAAAGUCAAAUGCUCAGGAGGAUCUUCAAUGACAUUUAGUGAGAGCAGCUACAUUAAAUAUCGCCUGAGAGAAAGCAUGAGAGAACUUAAGCUCACGCUCAAGUUAAAAACUCUCUCAAGAGAAGGAACAGUAAUGCUUGCCAGAGGAAGAAGCCACAGCAUUUUAGAGAUUGUGGAGGGCCGACUGCAGUUCCAGUUUGACUGCGGCUGGGGUCUCGCUACAGUUUCUGUGCACAGCGUCCUGGUGAAUGAUGGACAAUGGCACAUGGCAGAACUUGAGGUGAAGGGUAACUAUGCCAGGCUGGUUCUGGAUCAGCUCCAUUCUGCAUCAGGCCUCGCGCCCGGCCCCCUCCACUGCCUCAGCCUGGGCGACCAGGUGGUCCUGGGGGGACGCACUCAACACUUCGCUUCCAGACUCAGGCGUAAUCUGCCUGUGUCAGACAGCCUACAGGGCUGCAUGGACUCUGUGCUGUUUAAUGGACAGAGACUGUCCUUGGACUCAAGUGGUCCAUUAGGGGUUGCCAUUGAGGACAUGGUGGGAGUGUCUCCUGGCUGUGUCUUCUUCCCAUCUCCAGACUGCUCCAGUAAUCCUUGCCUCAACGGAGGGAGCUGCUUAAUGAGGCAGAGUGGAGGCUAUGUCUGUGAAUGCAGUACUUUAUUCUCUGGGACUCACUGUGAGGUCAAGAUCAGUCCUUGUGACUCCAACCCCUGCCUGUAUGGAGGAACCUGCAUCCAGAAUAACCUGGACUACUACUGUAAAUGCAGGGGCCACUACUCAGGUCAAAGGUGUCAGAUAGGUCCGUACUGCAAGGAAAAUCCAUGCCAGAAUGGUGGACAUUGUAUAGACGGUCUUGAUGGACCCAUCUGUGAGUGUGAACCAGGAUUCAAAGGAGAAAGGUGCAUGAUCGAUGUGGACGAGUGUGUGGACAGGCCUUGCUUCAAUGACGGCCAUUGUGUCAACACAUAUGGAUCCUUUAACUGUUCCUGUUUGGUGGGAUUCAGUGGGAGACUGUGUGAAAUGGACACAGAAGUGAGGAACCAAGUUGCAUCUUCGUCCUGGAACUCUUGGAUUGGAGAGCUGGUUGCAAUGCUGGCCUUCUUGACAGCCAUCUUUGUUUUGACGUUGUUUUUCUUAAUAGUGUGGAAAGGAACCUUCAAACCUGACAAGAGCGAUAAAGUACUUGAUAAGUACAAAGAUGUUGAUUCUUACAUUCAAAGGUCCAGCGUAUACAACCAAGCCCGAAAAGAAUCGUGCCCGGACACACCUCCGCAGGUCCCAGUGCGACCCAUCUCCUACACGCCCAGCAUUCCUGGAGAAUGUCGAAACAACCGAGGCUCUGUGCCUGAGUUCAGCAGCUUCACGCCAGAUCCACUCUUUGGUCUUAGGAAGACUGUGGCUGUGUGCAGUGUAGCCCCUAAUCUACCACAUCGCAAGGCGUUCCAUUCACACUCCAAAAAUGAUUCCAUACAACAAAUGGACUGGGAUGAGGAGUAUGAUGAAAAAGUCCUAGACCUGACUUCCUGUUUAGCAGCUGAGGAUGACAGUAUUUCCUUUACACAUGAAAAUAGAGGUCUGCAGUCCAUGAGCUCUCUCCAAGCAGACGUCAUGGAUGACAACACCUCCAAAGUGAAACACCCUGUCAAAACAUAGAUUGACAUGGUGAGAAACAGGUUAUUACUGGGAUAGCUCAGAUUGUCUUCAGAAUAUCUACUCUCCUGGGAUCCAAGGUUUUCUCCAGUAUGAAUUUGUGCAGAUGCCCUCCUCCAUGCACACUGCUCCAGAAAUUCUCGACAUGGACUACCUUACUGGUG